AUGGAUGUCGAGGACUGUCGUAAGAAAUCUGAUGUAAUGAACGUUGGGCGCACGGAGUUCUUCCGGAACCACUUGCAGUUGCACACUUGCGGGAGCCUCUCGCGCAGCGUCUCGGGCGGAACUGUCAGCGUGAGGAUGCACAAGAGCGCAGCAGCUGCAGAAAGUCCGACAAGAAAUCCGAUGGAGCGCAGGCUCGCGUGGCACAGCGACCCUGGCAGGUACGAGGAGGGUUUGCGCCAGCAGGUUGGCGAGAGUCCACGGCCAGCGCGGGUGCCCCUGCCCAGCCGGCUUCACCGAGCUCCGCUUCGCCAUCGACGAGCUGCUGCCGAGGGGGGUCGCUGGCGCCCAGAAGCUGAAGGUAGAAGAGGCCGCCGAGGCGCUCGACGAGCAGGCGGCGCUCGCGCGCGGGCGCACGUGAAGGCCCCUCGCGGCAGGAGCGGCAAGCUUCUCCGCAGCGGCGCUCAAGGGGCGAGCACUGCGCUCCGUGAGAGGGUAUACCAGGCUCCCACGAUUUGCUACCAAAUGGCAAGUGCUGUUCAAUCUGGAAUGCCUGUGCUGGCGUCGACGCCAUGUGGACGCGGCGCGAAUCUGCUGCAAUUACCCCCACUCGAACCUCGAUCCUCGGUGGGUCAUGCUCUUGUGGCUUAUCCGACCCAGUGUGUGGCGACGAUGGGAGGUCCUAGGCUAGUAUGUGCCACGCUCACGGCGCCAAAGUUGACGCGGCGUACCUGGGCGAACUCGGAGGCCAAGUAG